AUGUCUGCACAGAUCCUCAAUGAUGUGCGCCUUGUGCGUUCGAUGAACAUAUCCAGCUACGCUCUGCUUUCAUGGGAUUACCUUUUAACUUUGCAGGAUGAGGUUCACUAUAUCUGGCGAAGCCCCCGUUCAUAUUUCAAGGUCCUAUUUCUCGCGAAUAGAUACGGAAACUUGGCGUUUCAAGCGCUUGCGCUUGCUCAGCAUUCGUCAUCAUUCCAGUCAGCCUUCCCAUCUCUAUGUUCGUUUUGUUUUUGCUUCAUCUUAUCUCAAGGUAUCUACCAGAGCCUUUCGUUUGCUUCGGCCCAUGCUAUGGUCCUUUUGAGAGCAUGGGCGAUUCAUAGGCGUUCAAGGAAAUUAGCUUUUGGUCUCUCCGCUUUGUUUGCCGUCUACAUUGCAUUGUGCAUUGGCCUAUUUACUCGUGGAUUAGUCCACAAUAGGCGGCAGACAGAUUUAUAUUUAUUGGAGGAGCUUGUACCAGAAGACUACCAAAUAUUGAAGGUCAAAUUUCCAGAUAGACCACGAGGUUUCAUGGGGAGCGUAUUCACCCUCACACUUAUUAGUGUGACUGGUCAGCGUCUCGCAAUCAGACUUCGAAAAAUUGGUGCACAGUCGACAGAGGCAACACAGAGUCGACUAAGCAAGGAAAUCGAUAAUCAGAUCAAUGCACUGUUACCUCAGCUACAAUCCGCUACAAAUAUCAACGAGCGGAUACGGGGACACGAAGUUGACACAGGACAUUCGGGAGAUAGGCCAACGACUGAUCUUGAAGAAGCUCGUGGACGAUCAAGUGGUGAAGAAAUUGAGGUUGAAUGCAGGACCAUUACGCAGAUAUGA